UACAAUUACUGCACAGAAAAAGGUCAAUACGCAUGCUACGUAUGGCGCCAAUAGCGCAUCAAUGUAGAAAAUCUAUUACGAACAGUAACAGUAUGGCUUGAGUCGGCCAGCCUGAUUUGCUAGUUGGUUGGUGAGAAGAAAACACAAGAAACAUAGGGAUUGACAUCGAGGAGGAAAGCAAGAAACUUUCGCCAUGUUCAGCUCUAGCAGCCAUGGCAGCUCCAAUCAACCUGCGGAGGUAUUCCGCAAGGAUCUGAUUAGCGCCAUGAAGCUGCCAGACUCUUCCCAGCUCCUGCCUGACGAGUACAUGAUCAUGACGGACAACUGGAAACCGGAAUGGGAGAAAGGUGUCCAGGUGCCCGUCAAUCCCCGGUCUAUUCCUCAGGCUCACAUCAAGGAGAUAAGGAAACCCGAAGACAUCGACUUCAAGUUGAGUAAGAAGUUGAUUAAGGGGUACGAUACCGAUGACGAGAAGGAAGAUGAUGCCGACGCACCUGAGAAGAAAGACGCCAUGUGUCAGUAUGAUUUAGAUGAAGUGGACGUCCACUGGCUUGGUGAAAUCAACAUGACAAGAGAAGAUAUGGGCGAUGAACCGAUCAAUGAACUGACCAUGGAGAGGAUAAUUUCAGAAUGUGAUGUACAGUGCAACAAUAACAUGGAGCAUGCAAUGCAGACUGAAGAAGGACUUGGUAUCGAGUAUGAUGAAGAUGUCAUAUGUGAUGUCUGUAGAGCGCCUGAUAGUGAAGAAGGCAAUGAAAUGGUCUUCUGUGACAAGUGUGACAUUUGUGUGCAUCAGGCAUGUUACGGCAUAGUGAAUGUCCCAGAAGGAAGCUGGAUGUGUAGAACGUGUGCCCUAGGGAUACAACCUCAGUGUAUACUGUGUGGUAUCAAAGGAGGUGCCAUGAAAAGUACAAGGAGUGGUACCAAGUGGUCACAUGUUAGCUGUGCUCUAUGGGUUCCUGAGGUCAGCAUUGGAUGUGUGGAGCGGAUGGAACCAAUCACUAAAAUAUCACAAAUUCCUGCAAGUCGAUGGGCCCUUAUAUGUGUCAUAUGCAGAGAAAGAACAGGGGCCUGUAUACAGUGUUCGGUGAAAACUUGCAAGACUGCGUAUCACGUGACGUGUGGGUUCCGCAACGGUCUAGAAAUGAAGACAUAUUUAGAUGACGAGGCAGAUGUCAGGUUUAGGUCGUAUUGCCAAAAGCACACCAAAGCCAGACGUGAGAUGGAUGGUAUCGAUGGUAAGCUUGGGACCCCUGACAAGGCUCAUGGUACGCCUAAGAAAGAUAUCAAAGAAAUGACCCAGGAGGAGAGAGCUAAUGAAAGAGCAAUAAGAAUUCAGCUAGUGACCGAAGAGUUCUACCGCUACACCAAGUUAAAGGACAUUGUUUCUGCUCUUAAUAUGAAGGACGAUGUGGAGAUGGUAGACAUGGUCUAUGAGUACUGGAAACUCAAAAGAAAGUCUGGUCACAAUAAACCUCUAGUGACGCCGACCAAGGAAGUCGGCAGCAUGGGGUCAAAUGAAGAAUACAACCUCACUGCCAGGAUGAAGAUGUUUGUACAUCUACGACAAGAUCUUGAAAGGGUGCGGAACCUUUGCUAUAUGGUGCAACGGCGGGAGAAGCUGAGUCGUCAGCUGAGCGUGCUGAGUCAAGGCAUAUUCCGCAAGCAGUAUGACAUGCAUAUAGCUGGGAAGGACAGAUACUCCGAGGAAGACUUGGCAUGGGCCAUCAAUGCUGGGAAAUUUGCCAUUCACUUGCCAGCCUCUGACUCAGAGGCUACACUAACAGACACUUCCACGUCAACGUCCAAAGACUGCGACACGGACGAUAGGCUGUCCAAAGAUUGCGAUACGGACGAUCGAAGCGAGCGGGAGAACGACGGAGGGGGCGCUUCGGAAAGGACGGCGGAAACGCAGAAUGGUGCUGACACCGAUGCAAUAUCGAGCGCAGGAGAGGAGGAAAGGAGAAAAGACAGUAACAAGGAAUGCAACGAGCAGGAAAGUGAGGAUGAGAAAAUGGAGGUAGCGGAAGCGGCAGAUGAAGUUGUGGAAUCGGAGGAGGAAAAGGACGAGGCUGUGAAAGGAGACGAUGAUGAUGAGUUUGAACUGGAGUCGGUGAAGGGGGAGGAGGAAGAGAAAGAGGUGGAGACAGAAGGGGCGAAGGAGGUGGUUUCUGGAGAGGAAGAAGAUAAAAAGGAGGAAGUAAAGGAGGAGGAGGAAAAGGAAAUCAUCUUGAAGGAAAAUGUUGAAGUGGAUAAGGAAUCUCCUGAGAAUUUAGAAGCGGAGCAAGAAGAGGUAAAGGUAGAGAAAGUGAAGGAGAUUGAGGAAACCACUAAGAAAAGAAGGUCACGGGCGAGGGAAGUGGAGGAAGGAGCGGUUAGGAAAUUGAAGACUAGAAGACGGUCAAGAUCGAGGGAAGGAGACGAGGAGAAAAGGAAGAAUAGGAGAAGCGUGAGGGAAAAAGAAGCAGAGAAGGAGAAAGUAGAAGAGGACAAGGAGGAAAGUUGGAAGAGUAAAAGGGGGUUAAGGGUAAGGGAAGUGGAGGAGGAGGAGAAGGAAGAUGAGGAACAAGUGGUUAAUUUUGAGAGUAAAAGAAGACUUCGGGCGAGGGACAUUAAGAAAGAAGUAGAACCGGAGGAAGAGGGGGAUGAUUUGAAGAGUAAGAAAAUGAUAGAUUCAAGGGAGGUGGAGAAGGACAAUAUUGAAGAGGAUGAGGAGACGAAUUGGAAGACUAAAAGGAGGCUAAGAGCAAGAGAUGUAGAGGAUGAAGUGAAAGAGGAAGAGAAGGAAAUAAAAGAGGAUGAUGGGGAUGAUUGGAAGAAUAAAAGGAGGUUAAGGACAAGGAACAUGGAGGAGGAAGAAGAGGACGAGGAGGAGAAAAAGGAAAUUGAAGAGGAGGAUGAUUGGGAUAAUUGGAAGAAUAAAAGACGGUUAAGGACAAAGAACAUGGAGGAGGAAAAUAAGGAAGAAGAGGACGAGGAGGAGAAAAAGGAUGGGGAUCAUUUGAAGGAUGAAAGGUGGUUAAGGACAGGGGACUUGGAGGAAGAGAAAAAAGUGAAAGAAGAAGAGGAUGAGGAAAUGAAUAGGAAGGAUAAAAUGAUCUUGAGGUUGAGGGAUGUUCUGGAGGAUAAGGUGGAAGAAGAUGAGGAGAAUAAGAAAGACAAACCAAGGUUAAGGGCAAGGGACUCUUCAGAGGAGGAGAAGAAGGAAUGGGAAGAGAAGCCGGUUGAAUUCAAGCAUAAAAAGUUAAGGGCAAGGAGCCUAGAGAGAGAAGGGGAGGAGGUGGAUAAUUGGAAGAAUAAAAGAAGGGUUAGGGCUAGGGACGUUGUGGAGGAGAAGACGGAAGAAGAGAUAGAUGAGGGGAAUUCAAACAAUAGGGUGAGAGAUGAAGAGAAAGAAGAGGAAAUUUUGAAGAAUAAGACCAAGGUUACAGCGAGGGAAGAGAAAGAAGAGGAAAAGUUGGACAAUUGGAAGAGUAGAAGAAGGGUGAGGGCAAGGGACGAGGAGGAGAAAGAAGAAGAGGAAAAGGAGGCAACUUGGAAGAGUAAAAGAAGGGUUAGAGCAAGGAACGAGGAGGAGGAGAAAGAAGAAGAGGAAAAGGAGGAAACUUGGAAGAGUAAAAGAAAGGUUAAAGCAAGGGACGAGGAGGAGGUGGAGAAAGAAGAGGAAAAGGAGGACACUUGGAAGAGUAAGAGAAGGUUUAGGGUGAGAGAGGAGCAGAAGGAAGAAGGGAUGGAUGAGGGGAACUGGAUGAAUAAGAGAAGGUUAAGGACAAGAAAUGAAGAAGAGGAAAAGGAGGAGGAGGAUACUUGGAAGAAUAAAAGGUUAAGAGCAAAAGAGAUGGAGCUGGAAGAGGAGAAUUGGAAAAGCAAGAGGAGGCUACGGAUACGAGUGGUUGACAAAAAGGAGGAUGACAGUGGGAACGAUGAGAGGGAGCUUGUGAAUAAUGUGUCUGCUGGAAUUAAGGAAGGAAAAAACGAUUAUGGAAAAGAAGCGAUGUAUGAAGAGAUGGAGGAAAAUGUUGAGGAAGAGGCGGAGGAGGAAGGGAAGGAGGAAGAAACAAGAGAGGAAGGUGGUUCGAAGGAAGAAGAGCCUGAUGAAGACGAAGACGCUACAGACUUGCUAUUGCAAAUCAAUGAAAAGAUUAAAGAGUAUGACGAAGAGGAGGAAGACCCUGUGCCACAUUUGAAUCAGGUAGAGGAAAGAACGAAAGGCGUUGUGAUUAAGCACAACAAUUACAUUAGCAAUCUUAGGCUUGUGAGCCCACAUCGAAGCAGAGAGUCCUCUGUUAGCAAUGACCGCUGCAGUUCACCUAGGAGUGUGGACGCAGAUGAAUCGGAUAUUGACGAUUCAGAUUCGGAACACUUUUUCAUCAGGUCUUCGUCUCCGUUGCGUCUUGAAGCGAGAAGGGAGGAGAAAUUGAAAGACGAUGCACGCUCGGAGACGUCGUGUAGCGCGUCAAAGGAUGAUGAAUAUUUGGAAGGACCAUUUUUGAGACCCGUUGAGGAUUCCGUGACUAGCAAUGACACGGAGCACAGACACAGUGAGGGUGAUCCUCCCAACAGACCAUCCCUCAAGCGGAAAAUAUCUUUGAAAGCCAUCCGCGAGGCAGAGAUGCGCAAGAACGGCAUGUCCAAAAAGCGAAAGCGGGACUCGCACCAUCGCAAGACGAAAAACAGGAAAAGGAGAAGCAGCGACGACAUCAGUGAUCAACCAGUGUACAGUAUUGUUAGGACUCCCACUCGGGAUUCACCGAGUAAGAUUUCCAUCAAGAUCCACAGCCCGUCAAAGAUCUCGCCUAAAAAGCUACAAUUAGACGAGGAAGCCACAAAACUGAGACAGCGUAUCCUAAUUAGUGCCUCGCCGCGACCUAGUCUGAAAAGUUACCGUAUCCCUAAAAAGAAGCCAGUCAUCUCAAAUACUUUGUCCAAUGGACCUGCAAAGAUGGAACCCCCGGAGAUCGAUCCGUUCGAGUUCGUCGACGAGCUCGACGAACCCGCGCACAAACCGGAGACGAGAAGCAGGAAGAAACUGAUCGAGGAUGAGAUAGACAGUGAAAGCAGCUGCAGUGAUAGACAAUUUGAAAACGUUGACAAGGAGGUGAGCUUGUGUGUCCAGGGGCGGGAUUCCCCUUACAAAGGGGGCGGGGAAGAGAACGUGACCCCUGCCUGUCUGACGACGGCCCAGGCAAACAUUGCAAGGGAGGAGAGGUUGAAGAAACGCAACCUCAGCUCCAGGAUUCGCGAUGCAGCUGUACGUUUCCUGAAUUCAACUAUCAAUCUCUAGCAUUCACUAUGCCAGUGACAAUAACCCGCCUCGUUCAGGGAUAACCGUUACAUCUCAGGCUUCUCCUGAAGACCAAAUCUUCAUGGUUUUAAUGGCUUCUCUUAUUCUUUCUCUUCUCGCUAUCUUGAGGUGGACAAGGUUAAAGGUACAGGGUACAGCAUAGAAGAAGCUGUGAUGUGAGUAGUGCUUAGCACUCCAAGAAGUUCUUAUCCGCUAUUUUGUAGUAGCUUGCUAGUAGCAUGAACAAACCUUGUGGAACAAGCCAAUCAUGCAUAAUUUUUCAUCUCCUUUCUUUAUCAUGGGUAAUACUGAAUGUAAGAAGAAAGGUACAUUUUAGAACAAUUUCAUUGAAGGUGAGGAGGAAUUAUAUUCAACAUGCAAAUAAUUACUAUUGAGUGAUAUGUAAGAUGAAAAGUGUUAAUGUUCCAUUGUUGCGAGCUUUUAAUGUUCAGACAUUCCCUCUAUCAUUCACAAUUGAGAAGAAGCAGUUACUCUUUCAUACUGUCAACAAUUGACCUGUUAACUUAUAAAAAUAAUUUAUCUUUAUAAUCUAAAUCAAUAUUUUUAUUAGAUUGAUGGUUCUGAAUAAGGGGCUGAAGCUUCCAUGAUGGAAAAUUGGUAGAUUUUCAGGGUAACUCUUGAUCCCAUGAUUAAAUUUAGUUAUUUUGGAGACUUCUGUGGUACUAUGCCGCAUCACCAUGAUUUAUUCUGCUAUUUGGUAUAGAAAUUUACAAUAUGGUAAAAAGGUUGCCUUAAUGUUACUAGUGUUUGCAUAAAUGACUGCAUAAAUCAUAAUCUAAGGGUUUGGGGUAUAUCACAAGAUGGGGUCUAUUUAUUUGGGAGGGGAAGGCAGUGAUUUGCUCUGCAUAGCUGCCAAGUAGUACUGAUUUUCAGUAUUUAUUACUGAAAAAUGAGAAAGAAUACUGGUGAUUUCUGAAGUUUCUGUUUAUGUGUUGUCCUAUGGUAUUUCUGUGAAAAUAGUGAUUUUCUUACCAAAAUACUGAUUUUCAGCCUUUCAAAUACUGAAAUGUUCUUGAUUGGGUUGGCAUUUCUGGUUCUGUGAUAGGGGUUUCUCUGAAACUAGAGAUUUAUUGGCUGAGAUUAAAUCAAUAAAUAUGGUCCUUGGAAGGGUGAUUUGGACAUGAAUAAAUGAAUGUUAUUCUGUUAAUUUCCUAGGUACUUGUAGACUAACUACAGUCAUUGAUUAUCAUAACUCAAUGAUUUAUUCUGCUAUUUCGUUCAUAUCAUGGUCAAAAGAUUGCCUUAUUAUCACACUGGUUGUUUUAAAUUGUAAUUUUUAUGCAGCGUAUUCCAAUUUUGGGCCCACAUUAAAUUAGAACAAAAAAAGGGAAGCUUCAUGGAAGGGGCCUCUUUCACAAAUUUAGCGAUUGACUUUGCAGUUGAUUUGUAUGCUCGAUUCAGUCGAUUGCAUGUCAUGAUCAAUGUAAUCAAUCAGAAAAAUCAGAUCAUUGAUUGAUUGCUAUGCUUUGUGUAAUGAGGGCCCUCGCAAUUAACAAGAAUCCUACUUGAGAACCACUGAUCGUAAUGCAAUCCAAUUAUAGUCAACUUA